UCCUGAAAACAGACGAGACACGUACACGCGGCGGAAUCCCCCCCCAGAGAGGAGAGCAGAGAGAGGGAGCCAAACAAUAACAACAGCAGUGACACCGAAUAUCAGAAAACAAACCACAACAACAACAACAAAAAGCUGUGUGUGUGCGUUUGUGUGUGUGUGAGAGAGAGUGAGAGCAGGACCUGUAGCAGACCUGACGUGACGAGGAGGCGGCGCUGGACUCUUCACGCUGAACAAACAUUCCUGACUCCGCCCUCCUUGUUCCUCACAGUGUGUCCUGCUCGGAGUGGCCAUGAUUGGGUCCCAAAAUGCCUCAAGUGUCCUUACCCUCCUGGUCCUCCUCACAGGAGCUUCUCUCCUCCAUGUGUCCAGCCCAAAGUCCGUCGGUGUCUCAGAAGACGACAAAAACCCAGACAGAGGUACCGUCUCUGGGCUGAAGGUGUCGGCAGACGAGGAGACGCGAUCAUUAGAGAGAGAAGAGGCAGAAGAGGAACUCUUUAAAGAUGUGGAUCCCAAAACGCUGGCGGCAGUUUUACUGGAGGCUCUGAAUCAAUCGCAGGGAGCAAGAGGGGAAGAGGAGAUGAAGGCUGAGAGUGGGGAGGUUAAAAAAGAAGAGGAAUACAGACAAGUGAGAACGAUGGAAGGAGCAGACCGACACAGAGAUGGACGACAGGAGCUAGAGCUGCUCAUGGCCACACAGGGGAGGGAGCAGGAGGAAGAGGAGAGGAGGAAAGCUCAGGAGGAGGAGGAGAAGAUGACCGAGAAGGUGACGAGCCGCACGACGAGUCAGACGGUCCAGGUCCAGCAGUCGGUGAGUCCAGAAGGCGGAGCGGAGAAAGGGAAGGGUGACGCUUCCCAGCAUGGAACUGCCAAGACUGAACAAGGCGAGGAAGAGGAGGAGCAGCUCAAUCCUGAGGAGCUGAAGAGUCUGGAGACCAUGAUGAAGGAGUUUCCUCGUUUGGACACAGCCACCAAGAGGAAGGUGGACUCCGAAAACCAGAGAGAGAGCAGAGGCUACAGCAACAACAACUACAUUGUGCCGAUAAAUAAAGGUGGUAACAUCGCCAUGUCGAAGAAGAAGCUAAAAUGGCAGGAGGAGACGCAGAAAGGGUUGAACGUGCCGUCGUUUAGGGGAGGCAACUUUAUGGAUGACUUUGAGGACACUAAUUAUGAGAAUAACGCAGUGCAGUCCCAGCAGCCUCCAGCAGAGCAGGAUGUGAUGGAGGAAGACGAGCCUGACGUCGAUGACGACGAGGAGGAGGAGAAGGAAGAGGAGAUGUUGAGUCCGGAGGAGGAGGAGGCUCGCGCCAAAGCGGAGCAGGAGGAGAUGAGGAGGCAGGCGGCCGAGGCACAGCGAGCAAAGAUGGAGGAGGAGAAGCUGGCGGACAUCGCCUCGGACAUGCUGCUGCGCUACAUGGUCAAACAGACUAACGGGAACAAGAAGUACAGCCCGUCACUGUCCAACGCUGCGGAGGACAAGAGGUCGGACGAGGAUCCGGAAGUGAUGGAGGGGGACGACAUCGAUCCUCAGACCAUCGACAAGCUGAUCGAGAUCUCCAGCAAGCUCCACCUCCCCGCCGACGACGUGGUGGACAUCAUCAGCGACGUGGAGAAGAAGAAGAAGAAGGACGUGCCGCCCGAGCUCUCUUCACGUUGGCAGCAGCCUCUGACUCCGAUCUCGUCGUCUUUCUCGUCCAAAAACGGCUUUGCACUGCCUCCGAUUUCGACCAAUCAAAACAACUUCCCUGACGCCAAGCAACCGUCUCCUGCCGUCAAUCUCCUCAAGACCUGGUUCCACGACAAGACGGCACCGAAAUCACCAGAUCGUUGGAGCAAACCUGUCAACUCUCUGCAGAAUCUGUGGCCCAGACCUCAGAGGCCGCUGUCAAUCAAACAGGACUUCUGGCGCAAAUCACCCAAGUCGGUCUGGACCGGCUACCCUUCGUACCCCUACGUUUAUCCAUUCUACUACCAAAGGAAGCCCUACCCAGACUACUACCCCGUCUACUACUCACCUUCUCCUAGACCCAAGCCCCGUUACUACAUCCCCAAACCUGCCAUCACCCUCAACAAGUUCCUGGGGAAUUCUCUGGACGAUGGCGACUCAUUUCCUCCCAAACGUCGCUAUCACAGUUGGGUCCAGCCCCGACUGAAAGCCCCUCCCUCUGCGGGGUUUCAGCAGAAGCCGUACUACAGCAGCUACAACCUUCGUCUGUACCCUCGUACGUUUCAGCCUCUGCCCGUUGCUAAACCGCGCUCCCCUCCCAGGAUGCCCGUCAUCUCUCCUCCACAGAAGCAGAGGUAUUACUCAGCCGUGGCACCGGCAGCGACGAGGAAUGAAGAUUAUUACACAGCUGGAAAAUUGUCCGACAGCAGCAGCAGCAGCAGCAGCAGCCGCAGCCGUGACGAUCUGGAGAAUUACAUACAGAGGAUCCUCAUGAACCGACCACAGAUCCUGGACUGAAGCACAGAUGAGGAGGGAGAAAGAGCCUGAUGAAUGAAAACAAGGAGAGACGACCUGAAACCCAGUGUGUUUCUUUAUGAUUUAGUUUUGCUGGUAUUUGGUUUUUAGUUCAUACAGGUUUCUUUCUGAUGUUUUCAUUGGUUGUUAUUGGGACGAGGUCAUUCCCAGAGGUAAUCUGGAUAACAUGGAACGUUGGAGGGGAAAAGGAAUGAGAGAGAUAUACAUCGUCACUCCUCCAGUGCAGAGGAGGGGGAGGAGGAGGAGGAGGAACGUGGAUGAUCUGUUGGAAAAGCAUGACGUGGCAAAAGACUUGUAUCAUGCUAGGACUCGUCAUCCAAACUCCCGACGUGACCGCAUUCUCCAUUUGGACGUUGUACAAUGCCAAUAGAGGAGGACGUGUGACUGUGUUGUUAGCUGUACCUUUAAAACAAACACCUUUAGAGUCCCCAUGAGUCGUAGGUCGUGACGGCGGCUGAUGGAGUUUUACUGUGCAUAAAAAGAACAUUUGUGGGAUUAUCUCAGGCAGGGAAAACGAAAAAAAAACACACCAUACUUCACUACCAUUAGUAUGUGGACACCAAAUGUUACCUUAAACUAAAAGCAUCAGUGGCGUUUUGAGGGGUUUUAGGGGGCUCAAGGGCAAAAGGAACCUGAGGGAGUUUGUUUCCAGAAAAACUAGCUAUUGUUAGCACUGAAUUUACAGGUUAUCCAAUUUUGUUUUACUACAAAUUCAACAAUCGGCACAAGCGUAACAAUUGUUUUCUUUUGCUCCGUUUUUUGACUCACUAAAGUCAGAUUUUUAGCCAUUUAACAAAAGCUUGGCUUAAGUCCAUGAUAUCUUCAGAAUGUGUUUGCCUCUUUCUCUCGCCUUUAGGCAGUCAUAAACAUCAAGAUGACUCUGGGAACAUAUACUUACGAUAUCAUGGACUUAAGCAGGUGCAGAUUUUAUUGUGGGACCCUUUUGUUAGGUGGUUAAAAUCAGUUUUUCCUUGCGUUACAAGGCUUUAUGACGUGGUUUGCGGAAGAAUUAGCUUCGUUCUGAUGUAGCUGUUGUUUCUGAGGACUAAUGCUGUCAGCCAUUUUGGGUCAGGUUCCCCCCCCCCCACACACUCAACUUGGAAAAAACCCAACAAUAAUUUAUAGGAAAAUGUGCACCAGGGUGUUGCUGUGCUACGACGGGAGAGGACUGUGAUCGAGUGUCCACAUACUUUUGGCCGUAAAUCCUAAUCAAGGUCAUACGUAGACGUAAAGACAGUGUAAAGUUAUACCCUCGACUUAAAAAUGAAUCCAUUUUAUGCAAAUAUAUAAUUUUGUAUUAUUUGUAUGAAACAUAACAUGAGUCAGACUCAUCAUGUAUGUUCAUACGUUCACACCAAAGCUCCUAUUGAUGAAAUAUGAGGCAGCAGCAGCAGCAUAUUUCAUGCAGGGGCUGUGGAAGCCACAUGAACACCACUGGAACGGCUUGGAUGACUCAUCCCUUUGCAUAACUUCAAUUACCUUGUUGCCAUGGCGCCAAACCUCGGCCGAACUCCAUACAGUUGACACCUACAGAGGGGGCUGCAGUGGUGGAGGCACGCUGGUCCUUUUAUGAAACAAAAGCAGCUUAAAGGCUGUUGACUUUUUAUGUCGUUAUUUUUUAAUCCCGUGAAAAGAUCUUAAUCUUCUCUUCACGAAUUAAGUGGUAAAUCAGAUUUUAUUGAGUGUGGUUGUAUGAGGUGUAUUAUUUCACCCCCCCCCACACACACACACCAAACCCCAUAGAGAAAAUCAGCGAUUUUACAUCACAGAAUGCAAUGAGUUCAAAUGUCUUAUUUUGUACAUUCUGAAAAACAACACGAUUGACCUCUAAACAUAUUCUCUAGAUGUCGGUUAUUUAAGGAAGCAUAGAUUUUAUUUGCUAGAAGGAUGAAAAAGUGGCACCUCAUACAACCAGAACUAUUCCUUUAAAGAGAGUCAUUCUAAGUGUCCCUUAAAUCAAAGUUUUCUUCAGAUGCUCCUCUUCAUCGCCAUCUCAAAGUCUAUUUUUUUAUUAUUCUUUUUUGAUAGUUUUCCGAGCCGUCGCUGGAACAUUGUUUACAUUUGUACGUGGGGCGUUGUUUCCGGUCUCAGAGCGACCGACGUCUGCUGCCUUACAUAUGUCACUGUGACAUUUCCUGCCAUGGUGCUCGAUAUCAGCGUUUCCCACACUUUCUAUACAGGGGGGCACUUUUCAAAGAUGUGACCCAAAAUAAUUUGGCAAAUUUGUCGGGGGGCCCAAAAAAUCCCUUCCUGUGACCCUUCUGUGGGUCCCGACCCAAUGUUUUCUUUUUUUCUUACCACUUGAUAUUAUCCAUGAAAAAAAAGGCUGUAGCGGAGGCAGAUGAGAUUAUGGAAACAAUGGGAACAGUUUGUAAAAAAAAAAAAAACAACACCACAGUUUAUAUAUAAACGAUCAUAAUUUCACCGCUUGGAUCCGACAACGACGAAAAAAAACACAAACAAAAAAUAAUCUGCUGAGAUUUUCCUUCUCUUCUUAAACGACUACUGAUAAUCAGUAGUCAAUAAUUAUGUGAGUAGGACCGGGAGCAAGUGUUUUGCUCUUGUAGCGUUUGUAGGUGUUGUUUGACCUUUGUGGACGUCUGUUGCUAAGCGAUGAGCAAACCUCAGCAUCUGUGUGUCGACAAUCGAGCAGCGGCGGGGAAAAAAAAGGAAAAAUAUAGAGAGAGAGAGACAGACGGAAGAAAAAGUUUUUGUAAUCUUUUUGAUUUGUCGUUUUCUAUGAGAUUGAGACUAAAGUUAGAGUUCGAAACAACAGGGCUGAAGGUGAAAGUACAAGUGUCUGCACGUUUCUCUAUACUUGCAUUUAAAUGGCCUCUCUUUUUUUAUUGUACGAGCAUCGAUUAAAAAAAAAAACAGCAUUUAAAAAAAAACAACAACCUUAAUGUUGACAGAAACAAUGACAUUGGUGUGUAAAAAACAAAAAAAAAACAAA